AUGGUGUCGCAUGUUGACACGGCGUCGACUAUGACGGCGACGUUCGUCGAGUCCGGUCGGGUUUGCGUCCCUCGUGGCUGCGCACAUCGCGUGGACGAGCAAAAGUCUCGUGCCCUCCUCGGUCUGCGUCAAGCGGUCGACGCUACGAACCCCGCUCGUCUUGCUCUUCGACUCCAAACAGUUGUCGCCACGGCUCACGCCGUGCCGAGCCGCGUCAAGCGCACCCAAACGCUCAGCUCGAUCUCGGAAGGCAGGGCGAGUGAUGGCCGGCGCGCCGUGGUGCGGCGGCUUCCUUCGACAAAAGAACUUUUUGAGAAAGUGCGUCCGGGGCUCGUCGCUACGGGGGUGCCCGUGUCCCUGCCCGCGAACCGGCGCUGGCGCGUUGGCUUGUACAUUGUCUACGCUGCCGUCGCACGCGCGCUGCUGGUGCUGGCGAC